AAUAUAAAUGAUUAUAUGAUGGAUCAUCAUCCCGUAUCUGUUAAUUCAUCAGUAAACGCACACUGUUGUUAAGGGGUGUCGUCAUGUCAUAAACUGAUCUACAUUAUCUCAUACUGCAGGAUUCUUUCCCUCUAGAUUUAUUUCUUUUACAGUCGACCCAAGAGGGAAAAAAGGGGAAAAUCCUUAUUCACGUCAAUGUCGGAGCGACGAGAUCUGUGUGGAUUGACCAUUCAUAUUCUGUGGCUUCAGGCGCAUCUAUUUUUAGAAAGUGAAAGUAAGGAGCAGGAAGGGAAGAAAAACCAGGAGCACAUUCGAUAGAUUCGGAUUUAAUCGCUCAUAUUUGACUGUAUUAUUGUGUUGAACGCGUGCAUCAGCUCAUAUUCAUCUAAACCAGCCGGAUUACUGUGAUUUACCGGACGAGUCUUUGUCUCGGAAUGUUGUCGAUUAUUAUCGCAGUAUUGGUGAAUUUCCUCAUAGAGACUUCUGCGUCGUUCACUGUUGUGGUUCCUCGUGAUCAGACAGUGGCUCAUGUCGGGUCCACAGUCACUCUGCCCUGCUGGAUCUCUCCUCCUGAGAACGCUGAAGCUCUGGAGAUCCGCUGGUACCGUGAAGUGUUCGCCAACCCUGUUCUCUUCUAUAAGGAUGGGAAGAUUGAGAAGGAGCAGGAUGAAUCCUACAGGAACCGAAGCUCACUGACUCUGCGCUCAGAUCUGUCUGGAGGACUGAAGGAUGGAGACGUCUCUCUACAGCUGGAGAAACUCACGGUUCAGGAUGAAGGUUCAUUUCACUGUUAUGUGAGUGGAGAAAAGGCAUAUGGCAGUGGAGAGGUGGUUCUCAAAGUCAUUGCUUUAGGAUCUGCUCCUGUCCUGUAUCCACAGCCUCUGGAUGAUGGACGUGUGAACAUCAGCUGUAAGUCCAGCGGCUGGUAUCCAGAGCCGAACGUCACAUGGACGUCAGAUGAGCGAAAGGCUCUCCAUCCUGGAGGAGGGUCUCGCAGUCGUGGAAAAGAUCAGAUGUUCUCAGUCCACAGCUGGACAGUCGUCUCUCACUCGGACGCUCAACUGGUCUCAUGUUCAAUGUCUCUCAAGACUGGAGACUUAAGAGAAAGUAGGAUUAACAUGCAGGCCUUCAUCUCUUCAGAUUCAUCAGAUCCAUGGAAGGCUCUUUUCUUUAUCAUUCUCAUUUGUGCUCUUCUGGGUUUGGUUGGGCUGAUCCUGUACAAAAACAGACACAAACUACCAGGAAAGAAACCAGCAGAUCAAAUCAUGAGAGACGUAAACAUAGAAGAACUGAGGAAACAUGCAGAUCAGAUCACUAUUGACCGUGAGCAUUUACAUCCAGAUCUGAGGGUCAGUGGGGACUGUAAAAGAGUGAGAGACUCUCAAGAUUAUAAACCCACUGGAGAGGGAUUUCCAUAUGAAUUAUGUGCAUUUGGAGCUCAAAGAUUUAAAUCUGGUCGUCACUAUUGGGAGGUUGAGUUGGCACAAGAAGAUACACCUCCUAAAAACUACUGGUUAAUUGGUGUGGCAGAACAUGGAAAUUUUUGUUUAAAAGACAGAUCUGCUUUAACUCCAUCAAACGGUUACUGGUGUCUGUGUUCAGACGGUCCUAAUGGUUUUUACACCAGCUCUGAAAAACCAGAUAAACUCUCACUGACGCCGAGACCUGAACAACUGGGAGUUCUGUUAGAUUAUGAUGACGGUCAGCUGUCAUUUUACAAUGUCAAAGAGAAGAAACAUCUCCUGACCAUGAGCACCAGAUUCACUGGAUCUGUCGCUCCUCUGUUUAAUCCAGGUGUAGGAGAUCAGAGUCCACUUAUAAUUCUAGAUUGUCCAAAACCUGAAGAAUCAACUGUAGAAAUACCUGCUUCUGUAGAAUCACCUGUAGAGUCCAGUCAACCUUUACUGGGUAACAGCUCAGAUGCUUGACUGACCAAUCCAGUGUGUUCAGACAGAAGGAUGUAAAUGAACAAAAAGUAUAUCUAUCUCUCUUCUCACACUUCAAGGUCAUGGAUUUGAUUCCCAGAAAUCAUGAAAACUGAUUUAAUGUACAGCUUGAACACAGCAGCCUCAGUUCUAACUAAAUAUCUGAUAUUAGUUUUAUUGAUGGUGUUUUAUUAAAUGUUAUUAUCCAAAAGCUAGUGAGAAGAAGAAACUUUAAGAUGUCAAUCUGCAUAUGUGAUGGACAUCAGCACACGAGUACCGAAUUGAAUUCUCUUUCAUCUCUUCUUCUGUUGAAAUGUUUUUAAAUGAUUUCUCAUGUAAAGUGACAAGACAAAACAUGCAAAAUAAAUAAACUUUCAUGAUGGUUAAACUUUGCAAUUAAUACGCAAAUCGUGGGGCCUGGUCAAAACAGAUUUAAAUGAUAAUGUAGUAAAAUAAGAAUAAUAUUAGGCUAAUAAUAAUAAUAAUAAUAAUAAUAAUAAUGACAGGCAUUGGUUUGCUUUAUGAAUUCAUUACACAAAAGCUAUUUGUGUCCGCGGAAAGACACACAGUCAGCAAAUACAUUACCAACCAAACAAAAGCACAUUUCCAUGUUUAUAAUUAAAAUGCAAUUUAUCAUUGUGCAAAAAA